AUGUCCGAGGAUGCGGGAGAGGUCUAUGUCGAUAAGGCCGUGAGCGAUGAGAUCUUCAGCAAACUCAACAGCAAGCCUGAGAACCGGACGUGUUUUGAUUGCGGCAACAAGAACCCGACGUGGACCUCGGUCCCCUUCGGCAUCAUGUUGUGCAUCCAGUGCUCGGGCGAGCACCGCAAGCUGGGUGUGCACAUCACCUUUGUGAAGUCCUCGAACCUGGACAAGUGGACCAUUAACAACCUGCGGCGGUUCAAGAUGGGCGGGAACCACCGCGCGCGUGAGUUCUUUCUGAAGAACAACGGGAAGCAGCUGCUGGACUACAAGGCCGACAAGCAGGUGAAGUACACCAGCGCGGUAGCCAAAAACUACCGGGCGCGCCUGGACAAACUGGCUGCCAAGGACCGCGAGCAGCAUCCGGCGGAGCUGGUGCUGGCCACGGACGAGGAGCAGGGGUCCAGCGGGUCCAGCGGGGCCUCCUCCAAGAACAACAGCGUCGACGACUUCUUCGCCUCGUGGGAGAAGAAGAGCGCCAGCACGCCGCCGCCGAAGAUCCUGACGCCCAACCCCACGGGCAGCAGCGCCGGCGCCGCGCGCAGCUCGAUUCUGUCCGCGCCUGGCCGCCGGCGCACGCCGCUGGCCGGCGGCGGCAGCACCGGCAAGAAGCACUCGAUCCUGAGCUCUAAGCGGACGGCCCGCCCCGCGGCCAAGAAGGCCGACGCAGACCUCUUCGACGAGUUCGAGAAGGAGGCCCAGCGCGAGCAGGAGGAGUCCGCCGCCGCGGUCUCCACCGAGACCGUGCGCACGAGCAGCAACGCCUACGUGCAGCAGAAGCCCAUCAAAAUGCAUGCUGCCAGCAGCUCCGACGACGACCUCGCCGACAACCCCUACAACGACGGCACGCGCUUCGACCAGGUGCGCCCCGCGCCCACCGUCGAGGACGUCCAGCCCAAGCUCGCCAAACUCGGUUUCGGCAUGGUCAACAACAAUGCCUCCUCCCUCAUGGAGGAGGCUCGGCAGUCCAAGCUCGCGGCGGCCGCGCCUAAGUACACCGGCGACGUCGUCGCCAAGUUCGGCGCCCAGAAGGCCAUCUCCUCCGACCAGAUGUUCGGCCGCGGCUCCUACGACGAGGACAGCUCCCGCGAGGCACGCGACAAGCUCAAGAGCGACUUCCACAACGCCACCGCGAUCUCCUCCUCCUCCUACUUUGGCGAGCCCGAGCCGCCCGCCCUGCCGCAGCCCGCGCCCUUCCGCAUGGACCUCCUGGGCUCCGAGGAGGACUUCGAGCUCGCCAAGCAGGCCCUGGAGCGCAGCGCCCAGAAGCUCGGCAACUAUCUGCGUGACUACAUCCGUAAAUGA